UUUCCGCACGUCGGCUACGACCUGGACGGGAAGAAGAUCUACAAACCCCUGCGGAGCAAGGACGAGCUGGACCUGUUCCUGGAGAAGAUGGAAAACCCGGAAUACUGGCGCACGGUGCAGGACGGGCAGACGGGGGCGGAGGUGCCGCUGUCGGAGGAGCAGCUGGAGCUGAUCCGGCGGCUGCAGCGCGGGAACUUCGGAGACGUCGGCUUCGACCCCUACGAGCCGGCCGUGGAUUUCUUCAGCCACGAGGUGCGGAUCCACCCGGUGACCAACCGGCCCGCGGACAAGCGGAGCUUCAUCCCCUCCCUGGUGGAGAAGGAAAAGGUCUCCAAGCUGGUCCACGCCAUCAAGAUGGGCUGGAUCCAGCCCCGGAAGCCGAAGGAAAACGUUCCCACUUUUUACGACCUGUGGGCGCGGGAGGAUCCCAACUCCGUGCUGGGCCGGCACAAGAUGCACGUUCCCGCUCCCAAAAUUCCACUGCCGGGCCACGCCGAGUCCUACAACCCGCCCCCGGAAUUCCUGCUCAGCCCCGAGGAGCAGCUGGCCUGGGAGCAGCAGGAUCCGGCCGAGCGCCGCCCGAGCUUCAUCCCGCGGAAAUUCCGGAGCCUGCGCGCCGUUCCCGCCUAUUCCCGCUUCAUCCACGAGCGCUUCGAGCGCUGCCUCGACCUCUACCUCUGCCCCCGGCAGCGCAGGAUGCGGGUCAACGUGGAUCCCGAGGAUCUCAUUCCCAAACUUCCCCGGCCGAGGGAUCUGCAGCCCUUCCCCACCACCCAGGCCCUGAUUUACCGCGGCCAUUCCAGCCUGGUGCGGACCCUGAGCGUCUCCCCCAGCGGGCAGUGGUUGGUGUCAGGCUCGGACGACGGCACGGUGCGUUUCUGGGAGGUGAGCACGGCGCGCUGCCUGCGCAGCAUUCCCGUCGGAUCCGUGGUCCGGAGCGUGGCCUGGAACCCCAACCCCAGCAUCUGCCUGGUGGCCGUGGCCCUGAUUGGGUGGGAUCGGCAUUCCCGGGAUCCUGUUGGGAUCGGCAUUCCCGAGAUUUGGGUUUUUGUGGAUCAAUCCCAGCCGGUGACGCAGGUGACGUGGCACGGCAAGGGCGACUACUGGGCCUCGGUGGUGAUCCAUAGGCCGGUGACGCAGGUGACGUGGCACGGCAAGGGCGACUACUGGGCCUCGGUGGUGCGGAACCCCGGGGACAACGUCAUCUGCGGGAGCUACGACAGCAAGCUGGCCUGGUUUGACCUGGACCUGUCCACGCGGCCCUACCGGCUGCUGCGGCACCACGGCCGCGCCGUGCGCGCGGUGGCGUUCCACCGGCGCUUCCCGCUCUUCGCCUCCGGCUCCGACGACGGCUCCGUCAUCGUCUGCCACGGGAUGGUCUACAGUGACCUGCUGCAGAACGCGCUGCUGGUGCCGCUGAAGGUGCUCCGGGGCCACGCGGCGCGGCUGCAGCUCGGCGUCCUCGACGUCGCCUUCCACCCCCAGCAGCCCUGGCUCUUCUCCGCCGGCGCCGACGGCACGCUGCGCCUCUACGCCUGAGCCGGCCCGACGGAUCCCACGGAUCCCACGGGAUCCGCAGGGAUCCGCAGGGAUCCGCCGCCCGCGCCCGGCACCGCGCUCCGUAGAGCCUCGCUUUGGAUGGAAUUCCCGGCUCCUCCUGUCCUCAGUUUCCCCGUGUUUUGGUAUUCCCAUCCCACAUCCCUCCAUGUCCCCAGUCCCAUUCCCAC